AUGAGGAUAGAUAACCCAUUAUCCUCAACCGAGGCUGCGCUGAAUACAAGCCCUCUACUUACAGCAACCCCGGGAUUUAGUCCCAAAAAGAAGACACCACCGGGGCUUAAACAGGAAACAUCAGAUACAAAAUUAUUGGACACAAUACUUCAAAACGGGGGUACCAACGACUUCCACAGAGGGGGAAGAAGGGGAUCAUUAUCCAAUUCAGUCAAAUCUGGAAAGGAGACUAAUAAAACUGCUGAUCCGCUCAAUGGUACCGAUUUAUCUCAAAAUUUGGAUGUUAUCUCAAGCGCAGAAACGGAUAAUUCCGGACAAGAAGUAAACCUGGAGAGGGAAAGCGUCAGAGAGGCCAAUAAGAAAACAAUUACAGGAAAAUCAGAUACCGAUAUCAAUAUGCAAGAUAUGGAAGUGAGCGAACCGAUAAAAGGAGGCCUUCCUUUGACAGAAUCUAUCGAUGCUGAAAACCGGGAACUCAAUACAGGCGAAUCCGAAGUAAGCAUUAUUGAAAAAUCUCAAGAGAUUAUAUACAUAGCUGGUUCAUCACCCCAGCAACCCGGUCAUGAUUCGUCACCAAAGUCAUCGGAAGGGGGUAGGGAGUCACGUGAUACAUCGCCUAGUACAAGUCAAAAAGGUAAACAUGAUUUAUCAUCGUCUGCCAAAAUGCUUUCGAAGGCACGACGUAAAAAACCCCGGAAUAUCUACAUCAGCCCACAGAAGCAGCGGCUUCUGCGUCAGAAGCAGAGGGAAAGGGAAGAAUAUAGAAGAAAGGUUGGGCUUUCGGAUUCUAUGGCCGGCAAUGGUAUCCCAUUCGACUCUACCAUCCAAGACCAGGUUAAUAAUGCCUUUGAAGAAGACUUUGGGCCGCUCCUGCGUGGAGAGGUCGUUGUUGUGGACGGUGCGCAAACCCCAGUAAACUUGGUUGAAGCAGCGGUGGAUAUACUUCUUGGGACUGCGAUGAGGGGUAUAGAAAUUAUCAAAAAGGAGGAUGAAGACGCGAAUACUAUCAUGCGCGAAAUCGAUGCAGACGAAGAGAGAGACGGCCCCAAGUUUCUAAGUCAUGUUGAUGAGCCUUUAUCCCCAAUAAUCGUCUCACAGAAUUGCACUGUCGACUCAUCCCUCCAAGCUCCUAAUAUCAAUGAAGAUAGGGCCAAGGGCGGCUCUCCAUCAUACCAAUUACUUACAGAGGCCGAGAAAGAUUGCGAGAAGCACGAUCAGACUACCGAGGUUGAAGCCAUUAGUGAUAGCAACCCCGUAGCGCGAAAGAUUACACCUUUGAUUAAAGAGUCAGUUAGGCACGUUCCAGUUCAUAACUCUGAACAAACCGAUGAUGAAGACGGAGCAUCGUGUUCUGAGUCUCAGUCAUCAGCCAGCUCGACGGACGAACUGGAAGUUUCCGACCAAUUAGACCAAUUAGACCCGGAAGUCCUUGAAGAUGCAGAAAACUACCCCAGUAGACCAAUUGGAAGGCGUCUGUCUUUAGGUCCGGAUGGUGAGUUGCAAAAACAGGUUGCAAGAGGGAGUUCCAAUGUACCUAGUCGAGGGGAAGAUGUUUUUAUGGACGGUUUCAACGGAAAUUCGAAUGAUUUAAAUGCCGAGUUCCAAUUGGUUGUUGGCGAUAGUCCUCCAAUACAAGACGAGGAAACCGUUGUGGAUGAAGAAGAAGACAAGCAAUUGGAAAAAGUCGCUGAUAAUAGCGAGGAUAAGCAUAAUGACCCUGAGGUGACGGAUUUUGAAGUAAAGAGCGUUACCGGGGACGAGGUCAAGCUACCCGAUGAAAAGAAUCCAGACCCGGUUCAAGAUGUCACAAACCUCAGUGAAGAGGACCACCCAACAACAACAAUCGACGCUGUACCCCAUCAAAUAACUACAGUGGCUGAACCUCAAGAGAUUCAGGUAGAGCCUUUGCCGAUAAAUGAACCAAAACCAAUUGAAGAUGAAAUUUACCAAGCUGCUUCUCGGCUAAUCACCUUUAGCUCAAUUCCUGCAGCUGCAGCUACAAAAAAAAGAAGCUACUCUCAAUUUGCCAAUAUAGAAAGCGGUGGUCCAUCGAACUCCCAAAAUAAAGUUGUGACGCAGGCUCACGAGUGUCCGUUGUGCCAAACUACUCUUGCUGAUAUUCUUACGAUACGCAAAGCAAUGGGCUUAGAGCAAAGCCUCAGUGGUAUUGAAAUCAUGAAAAAGCACGUUGAGCUAUGCACUAAACUAUAUGCGGAUGAUGAUGAGGAUAGGAAUGAUGAUGAGGAGGACAGGAUCGAGGACGAGGAAGAAGAGGAAAAUGCAAUUGACAUUGAUAUUGAUGAGGCAGAAUCAGAAGAGAUUGAAGGGCAGGGCGACGAGGAAGACGAGGAAGAGGAGGAGGAGGAGGAGGAGGAGGAGGAGGAGGAGGAGGAGGAGGAGGACGAAGAAAAAUGGGAAGAUGAAGAUGUAAUGGAGGAUGUGGUUGAUGGGGAUGGGGAUGCUGUUUUGGAUCCAGAAUCGCAGGAUUCGUUAGGGUUUCACAGAUCCGCACAGAAUCAGAAACAUCUUCCAGCUUACAUUGUCUGUGACCCGGAAACCAUCGAAAAGGAGCUCGCGGCUAUGGAAGUGGCUCUUUUAUCUGGGCAAUUCCCUUCGACUACAGCCGUCCACGAACUUUUGUUUUCUAAGCUUACCGAUGUCUCUGAAUUCCAGAAAAGUCUUGACAAUGCUAAAGACGAGGGAGAGCGAUUUCACGCAGAGGAAAAUAUUGUCUGGGCUUUGGAAGCAAUGCAAAAGGAGUAUCUUCUUCUAGAAGAGGUCAUCAGGCAGAAAGAGGCUGAAGAAGAAGCCUCUGCGGUUUUCAGUGGAGAGUCCUUGUCUAUGUGGGAAGAUAAGAAGGAGGCAGAACUCUACGGUUUCGCAUAUGAUCCUGCUCCUGAUAAACGCGGUAAACAGGACGCAGAUGGACAGCAGUCUGGUAAAUACUCGAUUCGGGGUAGGGAGUUGCGUAGUCGUGAUAAAGCGGCCGAGUAUGUUAUCAUGCCUGGAUACGAAUUCAAAGACCCCCGUGUGCAUACAUUGCAGCCCAAACUCACAAGACGCCGAAGAUUGGCGGAAGACAAGAACAAGGAAAAAGAGCCAGGUAAGGAGAAUGGGAGAGCGGAAUCUGCACCUGUUCAAUUGCCACCUGGCCUCGAUCCUUUGAUGCCUCCUAUCAAAAAGCGAGUUGGUAGACCACCAAAAAAUCCUAACGCUCAUGCCUUGGCCCUUGCAGCGGCCCAGGCACAACCUAGAGAAUUACUUGCAGCGAUUCCACUUUCCCGUACUCACUCAGCAGACAAUCUUAGCCGAGUCCGAGGCUCGCCACUCUCAAAUCGAAGAAGUGGGCGGCUUAGCAAUUUCGGCCAAGGACAACAGGCCGGGGACUCUGGGGGUGAUGAAGUGGUUGAAGCUUCUGCAGCGGAGCCGACAGACCAAUCAUAUAGCACACUCCGGAUUAGGUUCAGUGCUAACGGUCGAGAACAGUUGAGGGACAUUCUUUCAAGAGACCCGAAUCCUGUUUUUGAGCUGUCCGAUAUCAUGCCAUUACCGUGUUCGCUGAACAUCCCCGCUACACAGUCGGAACCCGUAUCUCCUUUGAGGUUCUAUCAUGGCGGAAAGCAGGCUGGUCAACACGACGGUUUACUCACAUUGAUGACUGACGCUGCUGGUCUGGACGAGGGCCCUGGAUCGCCUGUUUACGACUCGGCUCCAGAGGGAGCGACCACCCCAACGAGAGGCAGGGGAAGAGGCAGGGGAAGAGGCAGGGGAAGAGGCAGGGGAAGAGGGAGGGGAAGAGGCGUAUUUAUGAGUAGAGGUAGGGGAAGGGGAAGAGGGAGGGGAUCCACAGUAACAGCCUCAUCUGGACUGCGUAUUGAGACUGCAAGUUCAGUUGAUGAUGAUGAAGUAAGAAUGGAAGAUGAGGAUACCGAUGCUUUUACAGGUUUCGAUGGGCGUUCUCAUUGUCCUCCCGAGUAUAGUCGCAACGGAGAAUCAACUGACGCCGACGAUCACAUUGUUAGCGGCGAUGCGUCAGCGACCUCCGGUGGGAACCAUGAUUUUAGGUUUCAUUCAAAUUCGUUCACGGCCCCAAACAAAACCCCUGUAGGAAAGAAGAGCACUUCGGGUCCAUCAACCCCGGCCAUGCGUUUUAAUGGCAACAGCGCGGGAUCAACUUCUCCAAUGUUUGGUGUCUUUCAAAGCCGACCAGGCCCGGCUUCGCUACCGGCAAUAUCCGGUAGUAGCCCUACGGAGUUGAGCCCUCAGGAUGGACUUGAAGAUGGAAAAUCAAGACAGCGCGUGAGAGGGAAAACCUAUAAGACUCCUACAUUUGUCUCAAGGACAGAUGCUGAUCCAAGAGCCACGAAAGAAGAAGAGUUUAUUGAGGCGCAAAAUGGAAAUCUUGGAAAACGUAAGAGGACAAGAACGGCACUUGCAUAUGAUGCACCAAAGAGAAAAUCUAGAGGAAGACAAACUGAGGGGGGUUCGCGUUCAGGUGGCAGUCACGAUUCAAGGGACGGGUCGCAAGAGGCAGAUGUGGAGAUGAGCGAUGACGACGAGAGCGAUGAAGGUGAUAUGAGUACUUAUGGGGGUACAGGUGCAUAG